CAAUUUUUUUCAUUUCACACACACAUACGCGACACACACGCCAGCAGCGCAACGAAGGACCACAAAAAAGGCCGCAGAAAAACGCCCAAUAAAGCCGAGGGUUACGGAAAAGAAUAUCUAAGGGAUACGGGUGACCAGGACCGCCGACCAGGAGCCACAGCGUCGACAUUCCAGCGGAGCAGCAAGAAGAAGCAGCCGUAGCAGAGGCGGGGGCAAGUGGAAGAAGAAGCAGCAGCAGAAGAGGAAGAAGCCGAUUCGUUUCGACGUUUAUCAAUUAUGAAUUUCCUGGGUUUCGGCCAGUCAGCGGACAUUGAGAUAGUCUUCGAUGGAGCUGAGCACAAGACGGCGGAGGUCAAGGGGGAGGACGGCAAGGUGGAGAAGAUGCUGCUCUUCUACGACGGAGAGACGGUAUCCGGCAAGGUGAACGUGACCCUCAAGAAGCCGGGCAGCAAGUUGGAGCACCAGGGCAUCAAGAUCGAAUUUAUCGGCCAGAUAGAGCUGUUCUACGACCGCGGAAACCACCACGAGUUCAAGUGCUUGGCGAAGGCUCUGGCCCGUCCGGGCGAUCUCAUCCAGAACAACAGCUAUCCGUUCGAUUUCCCCAACGUGGAGAAGCAGUUCGAGGUGUACGCCGGGUCGAAUGUGCGGCUACGAUACUUCCUGCGCGCCACCAUCGUCCGGCGGAUCAGCGACAUCACCAAGGAGGUGGACAUCGCCGUGCACACACUGUGCAGCUACCCGGAAAUGAACAACCCCAUCAAGAUGGAGGUGGGCAUCGAGGACUGCCUGCACAUCGAAUUCGAGUACAACAAGAGCAAGUACCACCUGCGGGACACGAUCAUCGGUAAGAUUUACUUCCUGCUCGUUCGCAUCAAGAUCAAGCACAUGGAGAUCGCGAUCAUUAAGCGGGAGAGCACGGGCACUGGACCCACGAUGUUCAACGAAAACGAGACGAUCGCCAAGUACGAGAUCAUGGACGGGGCGCCCGUCAAGGGCGAGAGCAUACCCAUCCGGGUUUUCCUUGCCGGCUACAAUCUCACGCCCACCAUGCGGGACAUCAACAAGAAGUUCUCGGUCAAGUAUUUCCUCAACCUGGUGCUGAUGGACACCGAGGACCGGCGCUACUUUAAGCAGCAGGAGAUCACGCUGUGGCGCAAGGCGGACAUACCGCGCUACCAUGGAGCCCAGCAGCAGCAGCAGCAACAUCAGCAGCACCAACACGUCCCGCUGCACGCUCCGCCGCACCUGGUCAGUGGUCCCGCUGCGCCCACGGUGGCCCAUUCGCUGAUCAGCUCCAGCACGGACAGCGGCGAGGCGGGCGGAGCUCCGGCAGCGCCGGGCACUGCGGGAUCCGAGUCGAAGAUGGGCCUGUUCACCAGGGAGAGCCCCAACCAGGAGUUUAGCCAGCAGCAACUGGACUCGCCGCCACUGUCGCCCACACCGACGACGGCUCCCAUUUCAGUUCCAGUUCCAGUUCCCACAUCGACGACAUCUGCUACAGAACCGGCUCCCGAGCGGGGCAUGGGCGAUGGAGCCGCAGCGGCCACCACAAGUGCCUCGCCCGUUGCCAUGCUCUCCAGUUCGCCGCCGCCAUUGCUGCCAGCGUCGCCGCUUUCCCGGUCCGAUGGCGAUUCGUCGGAGGUGCAGGUGCAGCCGGAGGAGGAGGCCGGGGACGCAAUUACGGCCACUGCGAAAAAGGCCAGCGUGACGCCGCUGGUGGCCGAUUGAGUGGUUAGCUGGACAGGAUCUCCAUCUUCACGGGGGGCUAAGCAGCAACAGCAGGCGGAACUAUUACGCAUAUAAUCGUAUACAGCAGCAGAAGGGCAGAGGAGCAGCAGCAUCAGCAGCAGCAGCAACAAAUAUGCAUAUAUCUAUUUUUUUAAAGUUAAUUUAAAAUUGUUACAAAUGUUUUAUUGAGGUUAUGCGCGUCAUUUACCAAAAGCAAGCAAAACGCAAAUGAUAGUAACGAAACAAAACGAAACUUAGGACAAAUGAGAAGAGGCGACCUCGUAGCUAUAACCAAUCUCUAGGCGUUUCCAUUGGUAUUAUUGCUAAAGAAAAACGGAUGGAGAUGGUGAUGGUCUCUGACUCGGAUUCGGAUUCGAACCCGAACCCAAAUCCAAAUCCAAAUCCUCCACACCCCCCUAAACUAGUUAAACCCCCUAGUAUUCCGAUGACCAUUCCCUAUCCUAUUGGGGCGUUUGGAAAAUAUAAUUUUUCAAUAUGAAAAAUGUUGAAAUUGCUUUCUAAAAGUGAGAAUCCCUGAAAUUGAAAUCAAACUGUGCAUUAAACUAAACCGACUCCAAUACAGAUAACAGAUAAAAGCAACAAGACAAAACACCCAUUUAAUAAUAAAGUUUUAGUCUAUAGCGUA